GCGUGUGUUUACCGUAUUUUGUGAAUGCCGAAAAAUGAAGAAAGUGUUCCACUAUUAAACAUAUUACCGCCGCCAUUGACACUUUCUUUGUCGGGGAAUAUGAAUUGUUUUUUUCUCAUUUUCUCUGUGCACUCAAAACACGGUUGUCGCCUGAAAUGAACUAUAGAAAUUGUUUUAAUGCAGUCUUGGCUGUGCUGUUAAUACACGUGCUACUAAAAUCCACAACGAUGGCAGAUAAUAGACGCCUAAAACUUAGGAAACGUUUAGCAUCGCCGAUUAAAAAUGAGCUCACAGAUGAGCUGGGCAAAUAUGUGGUCUCCAUACGUUCUCGCAGACCACAGAUUAUAUUUGGUGAUAAUCAUUACUGUGGGGGUGCGAUAAUAGCGCCACGAUACGUGCUCACCGCUGCCAAGUGUUCAAUGAACAAAUACAAAGUUAUGCAUCCGAUACGAUCGAUUGUAGUCGUUGGUGGCACAGCUAAUCGUCUGAAAGAAGUGGAUACUACGGUGACCAAUGCUGUUAAGAAAAUAUUUGUGCCCGAUAAUUUUACACUGUAUAGCAAAAACAAUAUUGCGAUACUGCUACUGGAGGCAGCAUGGCCAACGGAUAAUCCGAGAAUCGAUAUUAUAAAAUUGCCCGAUGUAGCGCCUAACUAUAACGACAUAUAUAUGGUGCUAGGCUGGGGGCGUAUGUAUAAGGGUGGUCCACUUGCUGCCAAUCUGGUGCAUAUAGAUGUCAAGUUGCUUGAUCGCAAAACUUGCCUAAUCAUGUUGAAGGGUCUUUAUCCCGAAAUGCUCUGUGCCGGAAAUUUUCACGACGAACUUGACAGUAAUCCCUGUGCAGGCGACACAGGUGAUCCAAUGAUCAGAAAUAAUACGCUGAUUGGCAUCGUUUCUCAUCGCGUGGGCUGUGGCACUAGCGAAAUGCCAUCGAUUUACACUGACGUGUGGUAUCAUACAAAUUGGAUCAAGGAUACAAUGCAAAACAUGGCUCAUCCUUUCGAUGCAAAGUUUUUGAAUCUCUUAUUGGUCGCAUUAAUUGCGCUGUUGGCUUAAAAAGUCCAAUAAACAAAAAAAAAUCGAG